AUACUAUGAAAUCGUAACCCAAAAUCAACCUACUUCACUUUGGAAAUUCCCACCCACCGCAUAUACAUGUAUAUAUUUCGACACGUAUAUCUCUUUCUCAUAUUACCACACCAGACCUCUUCUGUCUUCUCUUUGAGCACGCAAUCAGACCAGAAGGAAAAGAGGGAAAUUAACCCAAAUUACACCGGAGCUUUGCUCUGGGGGAAAAUCGCCACACGCCACCACCAAUUCAUCAUCUUCUUCCAUCAACCAAGAACACCGAGCGUAGGGGGAGUUUGCAAGAAUAUCUACAAGGCUUCAAUUUAGGAUCUCUUCAUUGAACUAAUCGAGGUACAGAUCAAGGAUUAGAUGAGCAGCCUAGAGGACAGUGAAGCGUGACGCUGGUGGAUGCCCGAUAUUGUUUGGUUAAAUUAAAUAUUAUGUUGAAUUUGUUUAUUUAAAGUACAAGGAUAUUUGGAUGAUAUUUUAAAAGGCUUCCGCAAUGUUUGGGUUUUGUUACUCCCAUUAAACUAUGGUUUGUUUCCAAAUUAAUAUAAAUAUAUGUUUCGUUCUAAAUGUUUUUAAAAUAUUAUGCAUUUGAAUUCCAAAUUAGUUGCAACCUGAUUCGCUAACUCGUUGGUUCGAGUUACGCGGGUUUGGGUGUUACGUGACAUAAUGUAAGCCUCCAACAUAGAAAUGGGUGACACUACAGGACACGCAUGAGGAUGAAGUAAAACGAGAUUACAUCAUCAGUUUGCCACAUCAAAAAAAUCAUGAAACACUUUAAUAAACUAGGCAUAUUAAAAUGUAAAUGGAAGGAUACUCUGUUUGAAUCGGGCCAAUUUUUCUGAAUCCCACGUUGGUUCUUCAAAGAAGGUUUUAAGAUUUAACAUCUCUUCAAUCUCCUUCGAGGUAACCUACUCCUCAUUUGCUUCUAAGCCUUCCUACUCAUCUACAGAAUUUGGAGGAUAUCCUCCUCCAAAAUACUUUUUCUCGAAGUGCCAAGUCAGAUUUGGGUCUGAGGAUUCAGAUAUAGAAACUUGCAUGUCGUACCACCAACAAUCAUCACGGUCUCGUGAUUGAAAAGGAUUUGGAGGAGGAGACCUCGCUUACUCGCUACCUGUAAGUAGAUGGAAGGUGGGCAUCAAAGGAUCUGAAAGUCCCAUUUAAAUAGAAUUGAAGGCGGAAA